AUGUCUGAUCGCCGCCGCCAAAGUCAUUCCAGUCAUUCUCCGGAAGCCAUUGUGCUUGAGAGAAACCCUCAGGUGCGUACGUACCGCAUCCUCCGACCGAAAUCACCCGAAAGAGAGCGACUGACCAUCGGAUCAAAGCUCUACAAUCUUUUUAGAACCCGGAAGAAAAGGGUUCAUAUCAUUGAAGAAGCGCCUGUUCGAAGUCGACGUCCGGAGCGCAUUGUUCGAACCCCGUCUCCCACUCCGUCACCUUCUCCAUCGCCUCCCCGAGGCCCAUAUCACAUCAUGUCGUCCAAAUUCGAGGACGACAUAUAUGCGCCUCUCCCACCGAAAUUACCACCGAAGUCGAAACAGGCCAAGGAUGACCCAAUUGAAUACGUGGUGGAAGAACGGUCUCCUCGGUUUCGUAAGGUCAAGAUUGUUCCGGGCGACCGUGAUGACGAGGACGCCUAUCCUCGGGUAGAGAGUCGGUCGCCCUCCCGAAAGCGUGACAGCGGCAAGUACCGCUACACCGAUGGUCACGUCGCCGAGGAGAUCGGCCGGGGUCGGAAAGAAUACGAACGUCGUCGACCAGAUCCUGAAGUCCAGAAAUUGGUCGAUGAUCUGGCCAGAGAGAGACGAGAACGUCGUGAAGCUGAGAGGGCCGCCGCUGCGGCUGAAGACCAGGCCAACAGACUCAAGGCGGAUCUGGCCCAUGAGAAACGUCAACGGUCCCUUGAACGACGUGAACGCGCCAUUGCCGAACGAGAGAAACGGCUCGGCCAAGAACAGGACCGCCUCGAGCUCCGACGACCGCGUGACCGUCAGGAUGUUGUUGUUGUCCAAAACCCCGCGGUGGUGCCAAUUCAUGAUCCUGGCCGAUCAGCUCUGGAUCGGGCCAGAGCCGACUAUGAGCGCACUCAUCAGGACGAGCGUUUGGUUCGUGAGGAACGCCGACCCGGAACAGGCGAGAGACGUUCUCGCGUCAUCAUCGUCGGGAAUGAGAGAGAUCGUGAUCGAGGACAUGGACGUCGGUAG